GCGGACGUGACGAUCAGAUAAGCUUGGAAAUUAUUCUGGACCGUGAAUAUUCUCUGGAGAUAAAACCAUAUUUAUUUACCAUGAAAAACGUUACAUUAUAACUUUAGACGCGCAUUUAUUUCGUUUGAACGUGGUCCCAUCCUGGAGUGACGAUAUUGUGCGAGAUUCGAGGAGAAAAGAGCGUUUCCAACUCCGUCCGUUUCUGCUGCCUGUUGCUCAGCUGCGUCUGAAGAAAACCAGCAUCGAUAAGCGUCGGAUUUGUCUCCACCUGAAAAAUGCCACGGGAUAGCAAGAAGUCUCUCAUUCAGAAAAUAGCCAGCCAAGCCAAUAUCACAUUUAAAGAUUUCAAUGCAUCCGCAAUUGGGGACAACAAAGUAUUAUUGGACAACCGGGGGGAUCUAAUCGCCCUGCUAACGGAAGUCAGGACUGCAGACCUGAAGAUGAAACCGAACGGCUCCCAUUCCGAACACAACCCACCUGUCACGUACAUGCACAUCUGCGAGACGGAGUCGUUCAGUAUGGGGGUGUUUCUACUGAACAGCGGGGCGUCCAUCCUGCUCCACGACCACCCCGGUAUGAACGGGAUGCUCAAGGUUCUAUACGGGAAAGUCGGUAUCAGGUGUUUUGACCUGUUGGAUAAACCUUCGGACCAGGUGCAGAGUGAGACCCAGUUCGACCCGCCGCUGCUGCCGUUCCAGAAGGACUCUCUGCGGCGGGCUGUGCUCCGGUCAACCAUGUGGUUCACCCAUGACAGUAGUCCGUGUAUCUUAACCCCGCAGAGGGAGAACCUGCAUCAGAUCGACACGGUGGAUGGACCGGCUGCUUUCCUCGACAUCCUGGCACCUCCGUAUGACCCUGAAGAUGGGAGGGACUGUCAUUAUUAUAAAGUCCUACAGACUGUUCCCGACGCAGACAGUAAGGUAGAGGCACAGCAGCCGUGGGAGGAAGAGAGGUGGUUACUAGAGAUAGGCCAGCCUGAUGGCUUCUGGUGUGGGGGUGAACCAUACCCCGGGCCCAAGGUUUCCUUCUAAUGCCGGUGUUGUAAAGGCAGGGAUACCUGCGACCAAAUAGGGGCGGCCGAGGACUUUCAAAAGACUGAAUCACUGUGACUGGGACAUGAGUUGGAGCAGGUGAAUGAACUGCAGGUGGAUCAUGUCUCUGGGACAUGAGUUGGAGCAGGUGAAUGAACUGCAGGUGGAUAAUGUCUCUGGGACAUGAGUUGGAGGUGAAUGAACUGCAGGUGGAUCAUGUCUCUGGGACAGGCCUUUUGUUUAAGUAUUGAACUUUCUCCUUAUGUAAACUUCCAAAUAAGAUGUUUUCAUCCUGAACAGGCUCAGAAACGUCCUAUGCUCUUAACACCAUUUAUUUGUAACUGAAAAUAUGAUAUGCCUUAUGUGAAUAUUGAAUGUAAAGCUUUGAAAGC